GGAAAUGAAGGGAGCAGUUCACAGUCAUUUAGAGGAGAGUAUUCGUCCAUAUAUAGAUCUAAUUGACACUCUGAGGUCAGCUGGAAUUCAUAAGGACUUGGCAUUACCGACAAUCAUAGUAAUCGGAGACCAGAGUUCUGGGAAAAGCUCUGUGCUGGAAGCACUGUCUGGAGUUGCAUUACCAAGAGGGAGUGGAAUUGUCACCAGAUGUCCACUAGAGCUGAGGCUGAAGAAGGUAAACGUUGGAGUCAACUGGAGGGCUGUUCUGUCUUACAGCGAUAAAAAAUUUGAAUUUGAGGAUUCAUCAUUACUUGGAAACCAUGUACUUGCAGUCCAGAAUGAACUGGCAGGAAGAGGGGUAGGAAUACGUGAUGACCUCAUCACAUUAGAGGUCAUGUCACCAGAUGUGUGUGACCUCACUCUGAUUGAUCUACCUGGAAUUGCCCGAGUCCCAAUAAAUGGACAACCACAAGAUAUUGGAAACCAGAUAAAAGGUCUCAUAAUGAAAUAUAUUGAGAAGCAAGAGACUAUAAACAUGGUAGUGUGCCCAUGCAACACUGACAUUGUAACAACAGAAGCAUUAAAAUUGGCUCAAGAAGUAGAUCCUGAUGGCAAAAGAACUAUUGCCAUUUUGACCAAGCCAGACCUCAUAGAUAGAGGAACAGAAACCAAAAUUCUGGACAUUGUCCACAACAAAGUUAUUCCUCUCCGCAAAGGUUACAUCAUGGUGAAGUGUAGAGGACAACAGCAAAUUGAUGAUGAAAUUCUUCUGGAGAAGGCAGCAGAAAUGGAGAGAGAUUUCUUCCGAACCCACAAACAUUUCAGAUGUCUCUUGGAAGAGGACAAAGCAACUAUUAAAAGUCUUGCUGUCAAACUGUCUCAGCAUCUGGUCUCUCACAUCAAAAAAUCACUGCCACAGCUCAACGAACAGGUAAAAAAGAAGUUGUGGGAUCUGAUGGAAUGCAAGCUAAAGGAGUGCGAGGCUGGACCACCACAAGACCCUAAGGGAGCCAAACAAUUCCUCAUUAAAACCUUAACAAGAUUCAAUGACCAAAUCAAAUACUUAUCAUUAGGGGAGGAGAUUACUGAAGAUAAUUUGUUUGUCCAACUUCGGGAGGAAUUCAGAAAGUGGAAUGAUCAUCUUAAAAGUACAAAGACAUUCUGUAAUGAUAACGUUGCAGAAAUAAGUCAGUUAAGUCAGAAAUUCAGAGGGAGGGAGCUGCUCGGCUUUAGCAACUACAGAAUGUUUGAGAACGUACUGCAGGAGCAUGUGGCCACACUUAAAGCACCUGCCAUUAAAUUACUCAACGUAAUCAAAGACAUCAUCUUACAGCAAUUCACUGAUGUGGUUUAUCAGUGUUUCCAGUAUUUCCCUAUUCUUCAAAACAUCACUUUGUCAAGCCAACAGACCAAGGCAGAGGAGAGGAUCUCAGAGCAGUUUGAAAUGGAAGGCAUGAUUUACACUCAAGAUCACAUCUACUUGAAGUUCUUGAAUGAGAUUAGUAAAGAGACAAUUUCAGAAGAUCAGUUACCUGUCCUUGACAAGAAAAAAAAGUACAGUGAAAUACUGCAGGCGUAUUAUGAGAUUGUGGUGCAGCGGAUGUCUGACCAACUCCCCAUGAUGAUCUCAUUUUUCAUGCUUAAGGAAACUGCUCAGCUCCUGUCUAUGGAUAUGUUAGGUUUACUGGAUGGAGCAAAUGUAAGCGAGCUCCUGUCUGAGAACUCUGAUGUUGUUAGAAGACGCAGACAACUACAGACUAGCCUGGACCGUUUGAGUGCUGCUCAUGAAGCACUUAGUGAUUUUAUUUGAGGGAUCAUCUGAUUAGUGGUAUUACCUAAAAAUGCAUGACAUAUUCAACAACUCAAUCUAUAAAAAUAUCUUCAGCAUGUGAAUAGAAAGCAUUAUUUAAACAUACAUAUUUCACUUUUUCAUAUUGUUACUACACUCUAAAAAAUGCUUUGUUGUUUCAACCGAACUUUGGGUCAAAUAUGGACUAACCCAACUUUUAAGUUAAAAAUUAUAGGCUACUAUCUGAAAAUAUCUAAUGUAUCUGAUAAUGGUAAUCUAUAGAAUUGUGUGUUUUCACGAUACCAACAUUUUGACUUUGAUACGAAACAUAACUAAAAUAUCUCAAUACUACUACUGAACCAAUACCAUGACAAAAAAUCAUUUAAAAAAAGAAAAGAAAAGAAAGAAAUCUCUCACUUGACCAGUGUUCCUGCCCUGCUUUUUGGGUAUUUCCUCCCCCUUAAAAAAAUAAAAAUAAAAUCACAUGCCAGUGCAACCACACAGAACUAGAC